AUGACACGGUACUUCGUGCCGGGUGCGCACCAGAUCUUGUGGCGAGAUCAUGGUGAUGAAUGUGGCUCGUCUCAGAUGAAACCACACACGGAAAUUGUGCUAGGAGACCUCGCCGACAGAAAUAAAGCUGAAGCGAUUAAUCUCAAACCCAGAUUACACACGAGCAGACUGGGAGUCAAUACCACUUUCCCAAGCGACCUUCCCGUGCCCAAGGACGACGGGGCGUAUGACCAUCUGACCGACUCCACUGUUCCAACUGAUAUCAGCCUCCCUGUCGCACACAAGCCACAGCAGCAAGUCGGACUCGCCGAGCUGGAGGGCGCACCCAAUGAGAUUGUGCCGGAUUCCUGGAACGCCAUCCCCGGUGCUCGCGGCUGCACCCCGCAAGCAUGUUCCUUCCGAGACAAUCUGCCUCAUCUUCGCUCACUGGGUGUGUCGCACAUUUACGGCAUAUCAACGCAAUCGCCCUCGUACCAGGCGGAAGUGCGAGAACGCUUACAUCUGCCGUAUGAUCUUCUGAGUGACGAGAAUUUGCACUUUCAGUGGGGGUUGAAGUUGCCGACAUUUGAAUGGGAGGGAGGGAAAGUCCUCAGGAGAUCGAUGAUCGCCUUGCGAGACGGGAAGGUCGUCAAGUGGUGGUACCCGGUUUUCCCACCGGAUCGAGGCGUCGAUGAUUUGAUCGAGUGGUUGAAAGAAGAGCAGAGUUUGCCGUAA